AGUCUUUGUUCAGACUACGGAGCGAGCAAUACUGGGGAUUUUGGAUUAAAAAAACAAAACAACGGUGAAAAUAAAAUAUUUAAAAUUUUAUAGAAAAUUUAAUUAACACACAAAAAAAAAAAAAAACUAAUUGCUAUAAAAAAAUAAUACAUAUUUUUAAAACUAGCACAGGAAAUGGAAUUUUGUAAUUAAACAGUGAAGUGAUUUUGCUUAAGUUUUAAUAGGAUUUUAAUAGAAAUUUGUUAUAUAAUAUUUUAAAAAAUAUUACAAAAAUUUUAAAAUAAUUCCAUACAUUUUUUUUUUAAUUUUCUUUAAAAAGUAAGAGAAAUGAAAAAUUCUAAAAAUUUAACAAAAGCCAUGUUUCAAUACCAUUCUAUACCCGUGGAAUUGUAAAGAUAUCUGCGAUAUUAAUUAAGCUAUUGUAUUCAAUACUAAAACGAACUUCAAAUAAAACUAAAAAUACAAAGAAAACUGAAAUUAAAAAAAACCCCUGUAUUUUUUUCAUAAUGAAAAGUGAUGUAAAAAAAAAUCUAAAACUAAGUUAAACACAGAGAUCUCUAAUAUACACAAAUAAAUAAUAAUACAAAAAAAAAAAAAAGAAAAAUAUAUGAUGAAAUUAUCAUUUAAAUCAAAUUGAAUUAAAUUCGAAAAAAAUAAAAUAACAGACAUUUAAUUUCAAGUGUGAUUUAAGUAAUCCGAAGAAGAAAAAAAAUCUUAAAAUUCUACUUUAUUCGAAAGUGUCUAAACUUUAACGUCAUCUCCGCCGCCUGCUCGUGAUCUGUAUAUGUAGUGGAACCAUUGUUGGAUCAAAUACAAACGUCAAAUACAAAUAAAAUUACAAUUAAUUUUCAUUUAUGUCAGACCCCACAAUCAACAAACUUUUAGUGUGAUUUUUGUAUUAAAUAAAGUUUUUUUUUUUCGCUGAAAAAGAUCUCUUGUUAUAAAAAGUACUAAUUUAAAAUCCAUAAAAAUAUUGCCGAAAAAAAAAAAAAAAAUCAUAAUUUUUUUCUAUAAGUGUAAAAAGAGAUUUGAAUUUUUGUUAAUAAUUUAUAAGUGUGAACAGAGUUUUCAUCUUACUUCAAAAUGGGUGGCGAAGAAGUUGCUACGGAAACGGUUUAUAUGCCGCCAACUUCAAAAUUCGAUGAAUUUUGUAUACGUCGCGGUAUAAAUCCGAAUUUGAUUAUGUUGAAAAUUACGCUGUUUGUUAUGUAUGGAGCCACUUCUUCAUUGCUGCCCUAUUUGACUAUACACAUGCAAUCGAUUGGCUUAACGGUGGAGGAAAUUGCCAUUAUUUAUUUGGCUCUACCGUUUACGACAUUUUUAAGUCCACCUAUUACGGGUUUUCUUGUUGACAAGUUUGGUAAAUACAAACCAGUUGUGGUUAUGAGUCUUCUAUUGAAUGCCAUCUUCCAUCAUUCAUUGCUGUUUAUACCGCAACAGGAAAUACCGGGUGUUGUGCCGUCAGCAUUUGUAAUGCGUCAUCCUGACAGCGGUGAUAUUGAGGUCUGGUGGUCACCCUGUCCCAGUCGUGAAUGCCCUGAAGAACCUGAACUUGAAUUGGCUGUAAAUCAAUGUGUUGAUUAUUGUUUGUUGCAAGAAUCAGCAACUACUACAACUACAGCCUCAACAUUAUUCAGUCCAUCAACAGAGUAUUAUGCGGUACGACAAAAUAGCAAUACAAACAACUCAAGAAACAACAACACAACUUCUAAGCCAUUUCUAGCAACAUCAGCAGUAGCAUUACCAUCCUCAUCACCAGCAGCAGAAUUCCCAACGAGUACAACAUCACAGCCAUUGGGCAUAGCCGAUGGCGCAGCAAUACAAACACCAACACCAACAACUAGAAGUAUAUUCCAAGAUGUACUUAAUAUGUCAGCGACAAUGUUCCCGCCCGUAGUGACAUCUUUAUCCUCAAUGUCUAUGUUAGAACAGCAAGAUUGGAAUCCUGAAUCAUUGGACAUGGAAAAUAUUACAGCACCUACCACCUACAGUUGGGUUCAUUCGAAUGCUAGUGAUUCGACCUACUUUAUGCUACAAAUGCAUCCUGAUCUAGCCGAUCCCAUCGAACAGUUGGGCAUGGAAAUCGAACAGGAUGACAAUGAGACGGUAACAGAUUUUAAACAACGUUUCGGUGAGAAACGUCUUUGGGAAAUGCAAAUCAAUGUCACCGAUUUAGAGGAAUUGGAUUUACGUUGCGGUGGCAUAGCCAGACGACAUAACAUGUCACGUGUCUCAAAUGAAACGGUGACCUGUAUGGUGCAACGUUGUACGUUCACAUUAAAUGCACCAGAAAUUUGUCCACCUGAUUAUAAGGAAACUGAUGAUACAAUAUUUUGGAUUUACUUUAUGUUGAGAUUCCUUGCCACUACCAUGUUAUCGGCUGGUGUCACUAUUAUGGAUCCUAUUGCCCUGACAAUGAUUGAAAAGUAUGGUGGUGAUUUUGGACGUGAACGUCUUUUCUCCAGCAUUGGCAUGGCCAUCUUCUCACCCAUUACUGGCAUCAUGAUUGAUUAUUUUUCACGCGGCCUUGGCUACACCGAUUACUCGGCUGCCUUCUAUACGUAUGAUAUUCUCUUAAUUAUUUCGACAGUGUCGGUGCUGAUGAUGCCGUUGGGCGAAAAACUGCCGGCCGAUAAUGUCUUUAGGGAUUUAUGGAAUUUAUUGAAAAUGCCGCAUGUAAUUACAUUUAUCUUCUUCUUGUUCAUAUUGGGCAAUUUCUGGGGUUUCAUUGAGAGUUUCUUGUUUUUGUAUUUGAAAGAAUUGGGAGCACCAAAUUAUUUAUUGGGCAUUACAAUUACUGUGGGCACCGUGAGCAGUAUACCGUUUUUAUACGGAGCUGAGAAAAUUACCAGAAUCUUUGGUCAUGUUAAUUUGAUUAUUAUUGCUUUCUUUUCACAUGCUGGUCGUUUGGUGGGCUAUUCGUUUAUUGAAAAUGCUUGGUGGUGUUUUCCGUUUGAAGCUAUGGAAGCCUUAUCUUGCCACUUGAUGUGGGUGGCAGCUGCCACUUAUUGUUCAAUUUUGGCUCCCAAAAGUCUUUUGGCCACAUUGAUUGGUGUUUUGGGUAUGGCCCACUUCAGUUUGGGUCGCGGCAGUGGUUCCUUUAGUGGUGGUCUAUUAAUCGGGCAAUUUGGCACCAGGGAUGCUUUCCGCUAUAUGGGUCUGCUCGCUGUAGUGGGUGGUAUUGCUUACGGUCUGUUGCACUUAGUUUGGCUGCGUAAAUUCGAUCACAACAUGGAUGACUUGGAGGAAGAGGUAGAAGCCGUCGAAACUGGUGAAACAGAAAUUACAGAACCCUCAACUAAAGAACAAGGCACCUCAAUGUCAUUGGAACGUUUAUCAUUAAUGAUAAAAUACAAUCAAAUUGGCAGCUUAUCAUCGUUGCCAAGAGGUUCAAGGGGCGAUAUACACGACCAUUUAUCAAUACGUCGCAGCAGUUAUAAUGUUGAAUCAUUACGUUCGCCCAAGCAUGGCAUUGGCAGCGCCUCCAAAGUUGACAUUUUACGUUCGGCAUUGGAAAUAAAUCACAAAUCCUCAAAUAAUUCGGUGCUGAGUAAGACCGAUAACCGUACAUCAAAUCAAUCAUUGGGACGAAAUCGUGCCGACAGCGCACCCAAACUCAAUCAUACGACUAUGAAAAUUUCACAACCAGCCCUGGAGGCGGUUGUACUAGAGGGUGUAGAAUCAACUUUCUUUCCCAGUCGUAUGAAAAAAUAUCCCAGCGGUUUAUUAACUUCAAUACCAGCAGUGGAUUUAUCUGUCAUACCGAGCUCUAUGCUAAUGGAUCCAGACCAAGUUCGUAUACCAGAAGAAACCGAAUUAAAUAAUUCCAAAUUAACUGUUAACAGUGCAAAUAGCAUCAGCACUGGCACAGAUGAAAAUACAACCAAACAGGCCAAUGGAAAUGGCAAAAGCAUACAAGAUGAACAAAAUGACAAGGAUGAUGCUACAUGAUUUUCAAUUUAAUUUGCCAAAAUUAUGUCAUUAAAACUGAAAAAAAAAUAAAUUGAAAGUAAAUAAAUAACAAAUAACAAAAACUAUGCAGGCGUAAAAUUUUUAGAAGAAAAGUCAAAAAAAUGA